AUGGAAGACAGGAGGGCUGACCGGCGCAUCAUUGCAACGCUGAGCGUCAACAAGCAUCUCGGAUAUAGGUACUCGCACGUGCAGCAGGUGGAUCCAAGGCUGUCACUGGAGGCGGAGGAAUUGGUUGCGAUCCGAAAGGUGGACGUCCAUCAGAGGGACGGUUUGGAUCAACACAUCCAUGUCAACGUUUCCGAUCACAACAGACGUUGUGGAGCCAGCUGA